UUUUCUUCCGGGUCGAAGAGGCGGGACUUCACUCCCGGAAGUGGCCCACGUGCUUCCGCUUUAGUUCCCCGGAGCACUAGGAGGCCGGAGCAGAGCCUCUUCACGGGCUGCGCUGAGAUGGAUCCGCUCAGGGCUCAACAGCUGGCUGCGGAACUGGAGGUGGAGAUGAUGGCUGACAUGUACAACAGAAUGACCAGCGCCUGCCACCGGAAAUGCGUGCCUCCCCACUACAAGGAAGCGGAGCUGUCCAAGGGCGAGUCUGUGUGCCUGGACCGAUGUGUCUCCAAGUACCUGGACAUCCACGAGCGAAUGGGCAAGAAGCUGACGGAGCUGUCCAUGCAGGACGAGGAGCUCAUGAAGAGGGUACAGCAGAGCUCAGGGCCUGCAUAAGGCCCCGGCGGCACACACCCAGGGUGCACCCUGCCCCUGCCCCUGCAUCGCAAAAAAGUGCUCCCUCCUGGGUGUCUCUGUGAAGACCACUGGGCCUGUGCCCUCUGGAGAGUGUCCAGGGGCCCGGGGUGUGGCAGAGCUCUCUCCUGGCUGAAGAAGGAGUAUCUGUCACACUGGGAUGUGACUGUGAUCGCGUGUGUAUAUGUAUAUGUGUGUGUGUAUGUAUAUAUAUAAACAAGGUGUCAACACUA